CCACCACAUCCAUACUGUAUUGUACGUGUAUUUGUGUCUCGAACCCACGUCUGUGAACGGCUGGCCUCGUUGACCUUUCCUUCGUCUGUCCUUCCCAUAACCCGCGCGGGUCUGGUGCCCAGAUCACACACGGCCCACCAUCCAGACCCACCUGCGACAUCCCUCCGCGAACCUCUCUCUCCACUCCCGCCAACGUCUGUCCCAUAGAAAAUCGUAGUUUCAAGGGCACCAAGGGCACCCGCCCUGUGUAAGAUUUGUUAUUGUAUUUCUAGUCAAAAUGGCCUAUCCUACUGGCAUGGGGGACCGCAGCGGCCUCCGGUCUCCCCGUGAGGAAUCGUCUUUCGCUCCCUUAAAUCUCGCGAACCCGAUGCGCAACAACGUGCCCGGCGAUGGGCGCGGCCAGCUGACGCGACGCUUCACCACGAAUAACAUUCCCACCAUGAACACACCGUUGUCGCCAAUUGGUCAGCAGCGUAGACAGGCGGUUGAGCCGGCCGAGUUCACCACGGCGACGUAUCACAAGCUUCAAGUGCUUGAGAAGAAGAAGCUUGAGUACGAAUAUCUAAAAGAACAACGACGUCGUUUCGAGGCUGAGAUGGAGCUCAUUGAUUUGCAGUCUCGUCGCGGCGAAGAAGAAAUUCAGCGCCUUGCUACUGAAGUCCGUUACGGCAAGCCCGCACACAGCCAGCCCACCACCCCACCUGAGUUUAGCGAGGGCAAGGGGUUUCCUACUGCCUUUUCGCGUCCGAACCGCUUCAGCAUGUCCAGCAUCAACCCCGGUAUGACUACCCCUCGUGGUAGCCGUGCCAACUCCCAGGUCAUUUCUCCGCCGGCUACCUUCUUUGGCAACGGCAACCUGCCCUCUCAGUCCAUGCCGGGCACGCGCCGCAACUCCGACGAAGACCAUGACGACUUUGACAAUGACGACUUUACCCCUCUGAGCCCAGUUACGCGCAACAGGAACAAUCGCAUGUCUAUGCCUGUCACCGGUCUCGAUCUUCGCGGCCGUGAUAACCUUCCGGAUCUGGCUUCCGUUCUUGGCCAUAUCGACACUACAGGCUACCUAUUCGGCGACGAGGACAAGGAGCAUAACCCAGUGGCUUCUCCAGACCACAAGUCCUAUCUCCAGAUGGGCAACACGGAUGACAAGUUCCCCAUCUUGGUCCGUCGCGAUGGCGCUGGUAAUGGUACGAAACUCUCUGCAUCUUCCGCUGCUCUUGAUUUGGCCCUAUCACAAUCCCCUGUCCCGGAAGCCCAGUCCAGUGGUUGGCAUGGAUACCGUCACCGUCAAGCUCAGCAGUCGCUCCCUACUAACACAUUCCGUAAAGCCUCCCAGGUUGACGAGUACGAGAUUGGCCAGAGCAACGGCAACACCGACACCACCCCCACCAAGACCAUGAUCAACAACCGCCGCUCAGUUGAGUUCAACUUCGGCUCGAUGAACUCGGACUCCAAGCGCUCAAGCUUCGCUAGCCCCACCAACAGUAUGCCGAAACUGACCCAGUCCUUUUCCGCCAGUGAUGUCCCGACCCUGAAGAACGGCAGCGGCGGGAAUGGCACGAACGGGACUGGAUUCAACACGCACGCCGAGCAGCACCUGCACAACCAUAAUGCCAAUCUUGGUCGCAUCCCUCCUAACGUUGCCUCCAACCGUCACAGCCGUGAUAUGUCAUCCGGUUUCAAGGAGCAAGAGUAUCGCCCUGUGCAGUCUGGCCUCCAUGCGAGCGCUGCGCCUUUCGGCCCUUCCAUGACAUCGGGCGCUACCAUGAACGGCAACAUCACGUCCCCUGCCAUGUCUCAGUACUCGACUACUUCGACUCCUACUGCCCCGUACUAUGGAUAUGGCAUGUCAAUGGUCAACGGUGCCAUGAAUGGCCUCUCCCUUGGACAUGGCCCGCAAAUGAACGGCCCUCCUGUUUACAACCAUAACGCCAUGUAUGGCGGUGGUGUGCAGUACUACAACCCUUACUCUUCGUAUGGCCCCAACGGUCGGGUCCAGGACAGCCAGGCUCGCGUCAUUCAGAGCCGUCGUCUGCAGAAUGAUGCAAAUCGCUUCAUGAACUACGACUUGAAGACUAUGCCGCGUCACGAGAUCUACAGCCUGUGCAAGGACCAGCACGGUUGCCGCUUCCUCCAGAAGAAGCUCGAGGAGCAUAACCCAGAGCACAUGCAGAUCAUCUUUGAUGAGACUGCUCCUCAUGUUGUUGAGCUCAUGACUGCAGAUCCUUUCGGCAACUACCUCUGCCAGAAGCUCUUGGAGUACGCCAACGACGAGCAGCGCAACACCCUCGUCCGCAACGCUGCCCCGGCAAUGGUCUCCAUCGCUCUCAACCAGCAUGGUACUCGCGCUCUGCAGAAGAUGAUCGAGUUUAUCUCCACCGAAGAGCAGACUGAGGUGAUCAUCCAGGCUUUGUCUGGCCAGGUCGUCGAUCUCAUCCAGGACCUCAACGGCAACCACGUCAUCCAGAAGUGCUUGAACCAUCUCAAAUCGUCGGAAGCGCAGUUCAUCUUUGAUGCUGUCGGUCAGCACUGCGUCACCGUCGGCACUCAUCGUCACGGCUGCUGUGUUCUCCAGCGCUGCAUCGAUCACGCUUCUGGCUUCCAGAAAGUCAAUCUUGUUCGCCAGAUCACUGCUCACAGCUUCCACCUCGUCCAAGAUCCUUUCGGCAAUUACGUCGUUCAGUACAUUCUUGAUCUGAAUGAUCCCAACUUCACGGCGCCGAUGUGUGAGGGCUUCCGCGGCAAGAUCACCGAACUCUCGAAGCAAAAGUUCAGCUCCAACGUUAUCGAGAAGUGCAUCCGUUGCGCAGACAUGGGAUCCAAGGCUAUGAUGAUCGCCGAGCUCCUCAACGUUGAAGAGCUUGAGAAGCUCAUGCGCGACUCCUAUGGCAACUACGUGAUCCAGACCGCCCUUGAGUUCGCUCCCCCGGAAUUGUGCCUGCAUCUUAUCGAGAUGAUGCGCCCUAUCCUGCCGCAGAUCCGCCAGACACCGUAUGGCCGUCGCAUUCAGAGCAAGGUUCAGGAACGCGAGGGCCGUCUUGCUGCCUUUACUGGUCGCGCUUCUGGUCAGGUAUCUGGUCAGGUUUCCCCGCACAACGUUUCGACGCGUCAAUCCCCCGAAUCAAGUUCUGCGUUUGCUAGCCAAGUCCCCAGCUCGUCUGGUUAUCAGUCUCCGAUGUACACCGCUACUGCCAACUAUGGUUCCAACAUCGCGUCACCUCAGCCGCACCGUGCCCCGCACCGCUUGAGCAACCCGCCUAUGCCGAACCACUUGCACAAUCCUGUGCAAAACCAGGCCUACCAGCAGUACGGCAUCUCUCAGUCCAGCGGAAUGGGAAGCUUCUUCUAA